GAUUAGAUAGGUGGCAACCCAAAACUGGUGGGACGAGGGAAGUGAGGUGUCAAUGUUGGCGUAAAAGAGGCGCCACUCUUUUCUCAGAUUAGACGAAGCGGAACCAAAACGUCAUAUUCGCCUGCAUAUUCGUUGUCCCAAAAACCAAACCCAUCUUCAUUAUUCGUUAUUAUAAAAACCAACCUCUUUACCCCACCAAAAUCAAAAAUCACUACGCAGCGAAACCAACCCACUGUUUUACGUUAACCAUAUACACUUUGCCAAAUCUCACUUAGUCCCUACAUCCUACAGUACAAACACAUUUCCGGAAUUUCUAUAUCUCAAAGUCACUCUCAUUCUUCAAGAAUUUUGAGGCUCUUCACCAAUGGCUGCUGUAGCUACCGCUAACGUCGACAAGCUCAAAUCUGAAGUCGCUGCUCUGAGCCAAAUCAGCGACAAUGAGAAAAACGGAUUCAUCAACCUCGUCUCUCGUUAUGUCAGUGGAGGAGAAGCAGAACAUGUGGAGUGGAGUAAGAUCCAGACUCCUACUGAUGAAGUAGUGGUCCCUUAUGAUGGCUUGGCACCUACUCCUGACGAUCCUGCGGAGAUCAAGACGCUUUUGGACAAACUUGUGGUGCUAAAGCUUAAUGGAGGUUUGGGAACAACAAUGGGUUGCACUGGCCCCAAGUCUGUCAUUGAAGUUCGAAAUGGGUUGACAUUUCUGGACUUAAUUGUCAUCCAGAUUGAGACUCUCAAUAACAAAUAUGGGAGCAGUGUUCCCCUGCUUUUGAUGAACUCAUUCAACACUCAUGAUGAUACACAGAAGAUUGUAGAAAAGUACACCAAGUCAAAUGUUCAGAUUCAUACUUUUAACCAGAGUCAGUAUCCUCGUCUGGUUGUUGAAGAUUUUUCGCCACUUCCAUCCAAAGGACAGACUGGCAAGGAUGGAUGGUAUCCUCCUGGCCAUGGUGAUGUGUUCCCAUCCCUAAAGAAUAGCGGCAAACUUGAUCUGUUAUUGUCACAGGGUAAGGAAUACGUGUUUGUUGCUAACUCGGACAACUUGGGUGCUGUUGUUGAUUUGAAAAUUCUAAAUCAUUUGAUCCACAAAAAGAACGAAUACUGCAUGGAGGUUACACCAAAAACAUUGGCAGAUGUGAAGGGUGGCACUCUGAUCUCUUAUGAGGGAAGGGUUCAGCUCCUGGAAAUUGCUCAAGUCCCUGAUGCACAUGUCAAUGAAUUCAAGUCCAUAGAGAAGUUCAAAAUUUUCAACACAAAUAAUUUGUGGGUGAACUUGAAUGCAAUUAAAAGGCUCGUGGAAGCUGAUGCACUUAAGAUGGAAAUUAUCCCAAACCCGAAGGAAGUGGAUGGAGUCAAAGUUCUUCAGCUAGAAACUGCGGCUGGUGCAGCAAUCAGGUUCUUUAAUCAUGCUAUUGGUAUCAAUGUACCUCGAUCUCGAUUUCUUCCAGUGAAGGCAACUUCUGAUUUGCUUCUUGUCCAGUCUGACCUUUAUACCUUAGAAGAUGGCUUUGUUAUCCGGAACAAAGCUAGAACAAAUCCUGCAAAUCCAACUAUUGAACUGGGGCCUGAAUUUAAGAAGGUUGGCAAUUUCUUGAGUCGAUUCAAGUCAAUUCCCAGCAUCCUUGAGCUCGAUAGCCUUAAGGUGUCUGGUGAUGUGUGGUUUGGUGCUGGCGUUGUUCUCAAGGGGAAAGUAACUAUCACAGCAAAAUCUGGGGUGAAGUUGGAAAUUCCUGAUAAUGCUGUGCUUGAGAACAAGGAUAUCAAUGGCCCUGAGGACCUCUAAGUUUCUUGUUCUGGAAUGAAUCAGAGAGCAUACUCAAGUUGAAGAUCGAGUCCUGUGGUUGUGCCAUGCUUGAUUAUUCUGAUAGGGAAAUAAAUGUUUUACAAUUUUUGUUGCAUAUGAGUUUGGUCAAGGUCUCUGGUUUCCAUGUUUAACCCUACUGUUUAUGAAUGAAAGUUUAAUGCCAAGGCAGAGCAUAACAUAUUAGUUAUGUAUUGGUGUUUCUUCAUAAUUGGCAUUUUUUUUCUUUGUACUUCUAAUCCGUGUCAUAAUUAGGCAAUGAAGGAGAAAGUAGAUUGAAUA